AUGAGUCGCAGAGAGAGAGACUGUUGUCGUGGCGAGACUCUCGCCAUGGAGAGCAAGCCCUACGUGGGCUCUGGCUUCACAGGGAAGCCGGCUCCUUCUUGUGGUUUGCCUGUCCAGGGCUUUGACUACGCUAAGAAGCACAUGGGUCGGACUGGUGAUGAGGCCAUCUCGGUUACCAAGGAGACACUGGUGCUGGGGCUGCCUGUACGAGAUGCUCCACUAUCACUGUCAUUAGAUAAGAAGGUCCACCAGGAUGGGACCGCCAGCAAGAGGCCUCCAUCUGCAGACAUACACAAAGGAGGGCGGUUGCCAAGCGAGGAGGACGGCUCCAUGUCGAGUAACGGCUCUGGGAAGCUGAACACUAGCAAGAGCUCCUCGGCCCGAAGGACGGCGACCGGCAGCAGCAGCAGCAAGAACGGCAAGGAGGAGCUACACAAGAGGAGCACCAACGACCCGUACGAAGACCACUCAGGCUCUCUCCGUCUCAUCACCAUCAAACCUAUGACGGCCCAGCCAACUUAUUCCUACCCCUCCUCCUCAUCCCACAGCCAAGACUCUGUGGUCCUCAACGGCGAAGCAAACCAUGUUGGUUUGAAGCAGAAGUCGGACAUCGAGCACUACAGGAACAAACUGCGGCAGAAGGCCCGGAGGAAAGGCUACGGAGAGUUCUCUCUGUCUGAGACCGGCAGCCAUGGUUAUAGUCACCGUGAUACCAGGCACAGUCGGCACGACAGCGCGGUCAAGGAGCCAAUGACCGCUGAGGAGAAGAGGGCCUCCUUCGCUGGUUGUCAUAAGAGGUACUCGCACCCACGGGAGCCCACCUAUUGGAGCCGGCAGUCUCUGAGUAGCCCGAGCCCAGUAGAGACGGAGAUGGACCUGCUGGUGCUCAGAGAAAGAUCCAGGAGGGGCAUCCGAAACAACGGCUACGACGGCGAACCAGAACCGUUUGAGGAGACCAAUGUGGACCGUCUCAUGAGCUCUGUGGGUUAUGGAGGUGGAUCUAAUGGCACCGGGAACGGCAGCUUGGGGGUGAAAGCUCACCGUGGCUCCGACUCCUCCACACUCAGCUCUCAGCCAUCCAUUGACGAGGUCCGCACGCAGAUGCAUAUGUUGCUAGGCAACGCCUUCAGCCUGGCACCUCCGGACCACGACCCCCCGUCUCCUCCAACCAACAGCCACCACCAUCACCACCACCAUGCCCACAGAGCCUACAACCCAUCCCACACCAGCCACUACAGUGACGGGGUGACCAGUGCCCCAGGGACCAUGAACCAUCCCUGUGGAGGCAGGCAGAGGAGCACAGGCUACGAAGACAUGCACCAGUGUAGCCUGCCCAAACCGGGUUUCCGGUUCACCCAGCUUCCUGAUAUGGGCAUCGGGUCUCCCCCGCCACUGAUCCCCUCAAGGCCAGGACCACCACCUGGGACCUCGCUACGACGCUCCACACCUGAUGUGAGUCUGAAGCCUCGUGUGUCGGAGGCCUCAGAGCUGCAGGCCCAGCAGCACAACGGCGCUCCGUACCUGCCACUGUCCAGGACCCCCUUUCCUGCUGUCACUGUCGACCAAUCCAUCACCACCUACUCAGGAAACCCAAUAACAGCAGUCUACGCUAUAUCAGCCAACCGCCCGGGUUACUCAGACUACUUUGUAAUGUCACCGCCGUCCUCAUACCGUAGCCCCUCCUGGAUGUCCUACCCGCCCGAGCCAGAAGACCUGCCACGGCAGUGGAACGACACACCGAACUCACGUCAUCUUGAAACCAUCUGCUGAAGUCAUCUGCCUGAGUGACAUGUCACUGAGUGGAAACACCCUUGGUGUCUCUUUGGAUAGGCAGAGGACCUCUCUCUCCCUGAAAACUCUCUGGAGCUUUAUCACCCCUCCUUCACUUCACUUCCUCUCUGUUUCAUUCAGCACCAGUGGAUCCCCUCCCUGCCCCCGCCUUAUCUCCAGCUUCCUCUCUCUCCACUGGCCUGGCCUUGAUCUAUCCUCUCUUAGCCCGCUUCAUCUGCAGCUCAACACGUUUCUCAAUCUCCAGAACUCCUCUGCCCCAUAACCCCCAUCCCCCGGUCAAACCUCUGCUUCAGUCUCCUACCAAUGCAAACGUUCAGCCAUCCUUUCUGUAUUCUUUCUGCUCCCUGAGCCCCCCUUGGCCUCAUAGGCUUUUGCUGGCCCCUAUGGGCCCCUUGUCAUUAUCUCCAUGUAGACUGCCUCUUCUGUGGUGAUCACCACUGUACAGAAUGAGGCCCCUCACACUGCUGAACUGAACUGAGCUGCGUGAAGCUUUACCGUGCCACCCUGCAUAAUUACAUGCGUGUGCAGAGUGGAUAAACAGGGUGUGUACAGUACAGUGUCAUGUGCAGUGUGACAAGGGCAACCUUCCAACUAGUUCUCUGCCCCAGCAGUCAUCGUACAGUAACUGCCAUCUGGCACACAGCGCUGCAUUAUCAGUACAGUAGUGCCCCAGCCAUGGCCAGUAGUCUACUCCUCCUCUGAGCUGGACUGGACUGGAUAAUCCUGGACUUGCCCAUAAGGUCCACCAUAAAGCCAGGAAAGCUGGACUGACUUAAAACUGUGCUUUUUUUUUUGAUGAAUCCAAAUUCCUAUGUAAACCUUCUACAGCUGGUUAAUAUGUGUAUUUUAAAUUUAAGUGAGAAAAAAAAUCCAAUGAAAAAAGAAAAAAAAACUCUGUCUUGAACUGUCUCAACUUCAGUUUUUGGAUAUUUGUGUGCUUUUGUCUUUUACUUUUGUGCAUUGAUUAUUAUCAAUGGAUUACUGUACAAAAAAGAUGUAGUGAGUGUUUCCCUUUCACUCACCUUAUUUCAAGGCAAAAAAAAAAGGCAUUCUUCAAAACAGAGAAAUCGGCGGCUUUGUUGUCUGUGGUUAUGAUGGCAUUUCUGUACUUUUAAAAAUAAAUGCUUUUUUCUUUCAUCAGUUUCAGCAAUGAAAACAAGAAUUAGUCACUAUGUUCUGUCGAUCAUCUGAUUAUGAAGUUUUGUCUGCUAACCAUUACGCGGACCUGGGUCAAAUACACUCAUUGAAAUCCCACUCACAUGCAGUUCCGUUUUGUAGCUUUGCAGCCGCUGCAGGGUUUGUUUGACUCUUCACAAAAAUGACAGAUAAAAACAUUUACCAUAUGAUGACUUGGAUUAGAAUUGAUUUCAAUUCUGGUUUGACUCAGAUCUGCUACAAUUUUGUGAA